GAGGGGAGAGAGAGAGAGAGAGAGAGAGAGAGAGAGAGAGAGAGAGAGAGAGUACUGUACUGUACCCGUACUGUAGGAGAUAGGAAUUCGCCAGAGAUAAUAAUAUUUUUACGCGAUUUUUGCAGAGUUGAACCGCGGGUCGCUAUUGUCAGUCGCUGCACUGGAAGACGGGCUACAGUGUGCCUCCUCUUGUCUCUGCUGGAUCUGGACUCUUGCUUUUGGAGAGCUGCACCGGUCUUCUUUUAUUUUUUGGUGUGUGUGUGUGAGUGUUUGAGCUCAGCGGUGUUUUAACUGGUGAACAAUAUACAGUACGCACAGGCCGUGCUAUAGAGAGCUCACUGUUAUAUUACCUGGAAGCUGCUAAUAUGCUUAAAAACUGAGGAGAAUGAAGAGAAGCCAAUAAAAUGAAGAAAAGAAGUAUGGAGGAUUAGCUGCCCUGAUGAGAAGACCUCUCAAAACUUCUCUCCACUGACACAAUGAUCACCUGGACCUGGACCUUCACUUCAUUCUUACAAAGAGAUUGUUAAAUAUAAGUUAUAAUUUAUAUGUUGGUACUUAUUUAGCCUGAAAAGGAGUUAGCAUUUUACUAAAUGUGAUUAAAUGAAUGAUAAAGCUACAUACAUUGGUUUCUAUGGUGCCGGUGGCACACAGAUGGUUUGAGCCACUGAUUCAUUGACAGUGCUAGAUGAAGAUGGAUAGAUGGUGUUGCACCCAGUAACUGGAGAGUGCUAAAUGAGCUGCUGUGUAAGCAGCUUGAUCUCUGGAUGACUGAAGGCAGAUAGCGUUUUAACUGACCAACAAAGGCACGCUAGACAUCCCUUGAUGUGCAACUGCAGAUAGCAGUAGUUUCAAAUUUUAUUGAGCUUGUGAAAGGCCAGGUAGACAGGAUAGUUUAGUUUGUACAAUGAAUCCUAGAGACAGUGUGGAGAUGAUGGAUACCCAAGCGGGAGGUCAGAAGGAGAAGCUGGUUGGAGGCAAGGUCAACCCUGAAAACGACGUUGAGGGAGAGGAUGACAAAAUCCCUGGGGCUUAUGACUGCAACAUCUGUGGACGCAGCUUCCCGUUCCUCAGCUCUUUGUCGCAGCAUAUGAGGCGCCACACAGGCGCACGCCCUUACAAAUGCCCCUACUGUGACCACAGGGCUUCUCAGAAGGGCAACCUCAAAGUUCACAUUCGCAGCCACAAACUGGGCACACUCUCUAGCCACCACUCCAAUGAGGAUGAAGAGGGUGGGGCCGAGGAGGAGGAGAUGAGUGUUUCAGAGGGUCUUGAUGGAGGUACAAGUCCAACUAAGAGCAGCUCAGCCUGUAACCGGAUGAUCAAUGGAGAUAGCAGUGAGGAGAGUCGGAGGAAAGUGCCUGGUAGGAGCAUGAAAAGAGAGAAGUCUGUUACCGACCAGAGGCCUUACUGUUGCCGUCUGUGUGGCUAUGAGGCCCAUCGAGAAGACCAGCUCCUCAGCCAUAUUGAAAAGGUCCACAUAACAGCAGACACAGAAGAUGAGACCACUGUUAAGGAAGAGGCUGUGGCCGAACCUGAUGUCCUCCAACCCCAGAAUGAUGGGACCUUCCCCUGUGAGACCUGUGGCCAGGUCUUUACCCAGGCUUGGUUUCUGAAGUCACACAUGAAGAAACAUGCAGGGAUCCUGGACCACUGCUGUCGUAUUUGUGGACGACGGUUCCGUGAAGCUUGGUUUCUCAAAUCGCACAUGAAAACACACAACACCAAAUCCAGAUCACGGUCAAAAGCAGAUUCAGCUGAGCAUCCGGCCACCAUCAAUGACGUAGCCCAGGAUCCUGAUAUUGUCACUGGCUCUGUUACAUCCAUCUAUCAAAUGUGUUCCAAAUGUGGGAACCUGUUCCAAAGCAGAGAGAGCCUAAGGGCCCAUGAAAAAGUCCACAAUCUUGGCUAUGGCAGGAAAUCCCAGAGCCAAUGCAGACUCAGUGAUGAUGAGGACUCACCAGCUGCUAAGAGACGUUACCUUGACUACUUACACCUCCAGCCUGUUGAGGAAAAGACCCUGGACGAAGAGGAGGAGAAUGAGAAGAAGAUGCUAGGUCAAAGAAUCCCAGAGCUAGAUCCAGUUUGCAGCUACCAGGCCUGGCAAUUAGCUACUAAAGGAAGGGUUGUGGAGCCAGUGGAGCCGAGCUACAAGGCCUCCUAUGGGGGAGGAAGUAUGGGGGAGGAUGCCCUCGCUGGAGCUGCUGUGGUUUUUGAGAAAGAGAGCAGCCGUUAUGUCCUGAAAGGUCAAGAGAAACGCAGCUCAGGGCGACGCAGCAGCUCCGGUUUGGGAAGCCAUGCUUCUUCAGGUGACAGGACACCAGAGAGCCUCAGUGACUCAGAGUACCGACCUUCGUCUCGCCAGGACCGACGGCGACAUUCUCAGUCGCAAGCUUCCUCCAAGUCCAAUGAGUGCUUUGAGUGCGGGAAGGUGUUUCGCAGUCGUCACCAGAUGAUCGUCCACCAGCGUGUCCACAGGAAGGAUGGAGGUAGGGCAUCUGUGGGAGACAAGGAAAGAACUGCAAGAGACGACCGAUGGGGCUCCACCAGUGAUCCGGAGUCAGGCUCCCCUAGCCGGCCCAGCACCCCAGGGUAUGGAGACUCUCCACCAGCCUCCACCCUGGGAGACCAGGACUCAGAGAUGGGCACCGCAAACUCUGGAGAGAUUGCAGAUGAGAAGCCUUACAUCUGCAGCCUUUGUGACUUUGUCACCACAGAGUUGAAGACCUACUUGACUCAUGUUCGUGUCCAACACCCGGCUGCCCCCGAAGAUAGACCCAGCCCUAGCUCCAACUCGGUCAGACGCACCUCCAGUGGUUAUCCCAAGCUGAAGAAAGCUCUACUCCAGGGGUUGAACAACUCUGCAUCACCUCCUGCUUACCUUUCAGCUCGAUCCUCCCCGCUUGAUCCCAGCGUGACCCCUGUGGAUCUAUGUGUGAGGGCUGAAGGCUGCAGGGGCAUAGCCUCCCUAAACCUGGACAGGAAGAGCCUCCCUAGCCACAAGUGCUCCUUCUGCUCUCACUCCACCCGCUACCCCGAGGUGCUCUGGAUGCACCAGACUGUGGCGCACCGCAUCAACAGCAGCAGCUCCAAUCUUGCUCCAAAAUGGGCCCUGAAAAACAGCUCCAAGGGCUCCAGGGACAACUUAUUAUCCUCCAGGAGACGCACUGGCCCCCCGCCAGUCCUGGAGGGAAAGGAAUGUCCACCGCUUCCUCUGCUGAUGCGUGCCCAACGUACAAGGCCCCCUACCAACUCCGGUGAGGUUCUAAAGAAGAGCAGGCCAGCCAGUCAUGCAGCCACUCCCUCAUCCUCCUCUUCUACCCCUUCCUCAUCGCUCUCCAAGGGCUCCUCAUCCACUUCAGGCACCCAAGCUGGGAAAGUCCCCGUCCGGCCAAGCAGCAGCACCAGCAGCAGCGUCAGACACAAGGAGGACCAGAGUCAUCAGUCUCGCUUCAGACCCAAAGUGGAUAUUUACCCUCGGGGAGGCUCAUUGUCUUCCUCAAGUUCCUUGGAGAAGAGCACUGGUGCCCUCUCACAUUCCUCAGCCCCAAGCCCCAGCUCUGCUGCCGCAUCCAGGAUUGCUGACCGCUACUUGAUGCCUCAAGAGGGCCUGGGCUUCAUGCUGUCAAGCAAACAUGGCCUAGCAGAGUACAGCAGAGCUAGGGGUUCCCCUCAUCAGCCGCUUCCCAACUCCCACAGCCAGGACCGGGCUAACGCUACGAGGCCCAGCACCAUCACCCAUAGCUCCACAGCAGCACACAACUACGGAGCCUCCCAGGCACAUGGAGGCACUCUGCAGAAUUCCUCCUCCUCCUCCUCUUCUUCUUUGCCUUCAGAGGCUCAUGGAGAUGUGAAGCAGGAGCCAAUCGCAGAGGCUCCGGAGAUGCCAAAUGACAUCCUCAGUUUCCUCAAAAACUACAGCCCGCAUGAACUGGCUGCCCUCUAUCACCGCUGGGGUGCAGCCAAUGCCCUGCUGGAUCCCACUGGGAUGCUGAGGUCUCUCAUGCGGCAGGGACAGUAUUUCUGUCAUGAGUGCGGGAAGAGUUUCAGUCAGCCCAGCCACCUGCGCACUCAUAUGAGAUCCCAUACAGUUGGGUUUGAUUUUAACGGACUCCACAGAAGUACUGACGCUCACACCACCGCUUCUGAAGCUCCCAAACAAGGGAGAGGCCAUUCUGCUGCCAGCUCUGCCCAUACCGAGCCUCUCAGAAAGGGAACCUAAAGACGCACGUCCAGAGUGUCCACCAUAUGCCUUUUGACAACAGCCAGUACCCAGACACAAGGAGCUUGUUACUGAGCCAGGAGGAGCGAGGAGCGCUGGCUGCCAAACACCCAUCAACACCACAACAACAACAACAGUAGACCAUCUGAUAUUACAAGGAUCUGGACUUGGGACCAGACUAGUCAGGGAAUCACACAACCCGAAAACACCAUCUCCAUUCCUAAAAAUCAGAGGACUGGAAGUAGGACUCAUGCUUGACUUUUUGAGCCUCUCCUCUCUACCCACCAUCCUUUAAUGACCUUAGAAGAAUUUUCUACAAUGAAGUCUCUUGUAAUUUUUGGAAGUUUUUUUUUCUAAAUAGGAGUUUGUUAAAGCUGUACUAGGCAAUUUUAAAAUCACAGUGUGGAUUUGCAGCAGACAAGAGCAUCUUAUCUAGUAAUAGAAAGGGUUUCUGGUGAAAUUCUGCAGUUUGGAAUUCAGGUGUCAGGUAUGCACACAGGUGGGACAUUUUCCCCGCGCAGAACAAAUUAAGGGUGAAAUAUAAAGUGUCUCCUCAGCCGGAAAGCUGGACUGACCAACGGUCGAUCUUUUGCUUCUCUUGGUCUUCUUUAGUAUGACGGUUAGCAAAAAUGAGCAGAUUGUGUGUAGUUUACAUCAACUUAAAGGAUUUCUGAAUAUAGAAGCCCUCAAAAUUCAAAGAGUUACCUCUUGCUGCCAUUUUGGAGGUACCAACAAGCGAAGUUGCCUAGUGCAGCUUUACAAGAAAAGCAAAGGUUUUAUGAAAAGAAGCGGCAAAACUGAACUUGAGUGCAACUGCUAGCGUUUUAAUCAAGGACUGUGGCAUUGCAUGGCUGCUGUAGUUGCCCCCCUCUUUUUUUUAGCUUUAUUGUAUAAGAGUGUGUGCAUUCCUCAGGACACCAAUCAUCAGAGAUGAAAGAGAAGAUGUUCUGCAAUUCAUCAACAGUCAACUGACACACUGCGAGUCGUUUCCUCUGGGUCAAGUCAUGAAGAUGAAGACUUGCAUCUAUCUAUCUGUCUGUGUGUUUCUGCAUGCACAAGUGUGUUAAAGUCACUUCCCUCCACUCCAGAGUGUAAUGUUAGGAGUGCAGUGACCAGUCUGUGUACCUGAUGAUUAGAAGGAGAGAGAGCGAGAGAGAGGUAGGAUUAAAAAGAGAGAGAGAGAACGCUAAUGGGGGUGUCUGCUUUAGUGCUCAUUAAAAAGAGUGUGCGUUUUUAAUAGCCAAUAUAAAUGAGCGUACCAUUUUUAUGGACAUUCAAUUAUUGUCCAUUUAAGAGGAAGGGACUGAGUGGAGGCAGUUUUCCUCCAUAACUCCUUCAUAUUAGGGAGUGUUUCCGACACUUCUGACUUUGAAUUAGACUGACAGUAGGAAUGACAGGAAGACACUAGCUUGUGUAUUUGCAAAAGAGAAUAUGGUACUACUAGUGUUAGCCAGCAAACAUGCAUUAAUUUCAUAUUGCUAAAGGGCAACACUGACUUUAUGGCCUGAUGGUCUCCUUAACCCAAUUUGGGAUGGAAGCUUUGGUACCAAAACCACUCCAGGCUCUCUAUUAGAAGGCCCGACAGCAGCACAGAAUACCUUAGCACAAUGCUUCCAAACCAGUGUAAUGUGAGGGUUCACAAGAUACUUAAAGCUAGGUUAGGUAACGUUGGAGAAACUAGCAAGAGACAGCUUGAUCCCCCCAAAUUUUUUUCCCCAUUCAGGCCUCUAAAAAGUACUCAGAUUAAAUAAAUUGUGGUAAGCUAAGCUAACUGGCUGCUAGCUGUAGCCUCAUAUUUAAUGGACAGACAUGAAAGUGGUAUUGAUCUUCUCAUUUAAGUCUUGGCAAGACAGUGAAUAAAUGUAUUUCCGAAAAUGUCCCAAACUGUUCCUUAAAAAACUGGCUGUAUAUUAGCAUGCUCAUCCCACAGAAUAAACAACCAGAGAUGUAGAGCUGACUUUGUUACGAAAACAUUUAAGCAGACUAAUGAGCCAAACUCCCAUGCCGUCAGCCUAAUUUCUUGAAUGGUGAUGGUGAAGAUUUGCAUUCUAGGAGGAAAGAGGGAGGAGGUCAGAGAGAGAGAGAGAGCAGCCAGAGGUCAGGAGGUCAGGCUUCCAGAGAGAUCAGGUAUGAAUACACGAGAUGGAGAUGUUUUGAAGCCUAUUGAAUUGUAGUGCUGUCACAGCCUUAACACAGGUGUGUGUGUGAGUGUGCAUUUAUGCGUGUGUAUGUGCAUUCUUUUCAAACCUCUCCAUACUGUAUAAGAGGUUGACUAACUUCUGUGUACUCCAGCCUCCCUCUAGAUGCUUUGUAUACUAGCCUACCUCCUGUUUGAAGUUUAUUGGCUGGUGUGAAGCGUGGACUGUUCUUUUACUAGGAGGAGAUGUUUUCUUUCUGUCCUGGGCUUGGUUUUCUCUCCUCAACAGCCUCUAUGAUUGAAAAAGCCAUGUUGGGGAAAAGAAGAAGAAAAGCAAGGCAGUUUAAAGCAGCUCAGACUUACAGAGCAAGAGUAGAACUGUGGAUUUGCAGACACAUUUUUGUACACAAAAAAAAUCAAAAUUCAAACCAAUUAAAGAUUAUGGAGCAUACAGAGUACUGUACUUCCCUUCUAUUUUGAAACCUCAGUAGUUUUUAAAUGAUGAUGAAAUGGUUGCUAUACCAGUGGGUUGUUGAGUUAUGCAUACAAUAUUGUGUGCUUGAAUAUGCCUAAUAAUACACAAAUGUGUAUUUUGAAGGUAUGGGUAGUGAAAAUACUUGAAACGGAUACUCUAGCCUUCGAGGUAGUGUAGUACUAAUACCAAUGUUGUACAGAAUUCCCUUUAAGAUUAACUCCUCAGUUAUGAAUUUGUACUCCGAAGUGUGACUUAGAAAAACUAUGAAGCAGGAGUGAGUGUAUGUAAUAUAAACUGUAUAUCUGUAAUUCACUCUUACCAAACCCUUAUAUACAGCGGUAGAAACCAAAUGGCAUUACUAGUGCACUUAGACUAGGUUACUGCUUUAACCGUUCUCAUUUUGUCCGAUUCUAGCUGAGGUUUCUUUGAGAAUGUCUUUUUAAUGGUGCCGGGUAACACUCUUCAAUGUCAUUUCUGGUUUAGAGGCUUUUUGUUAGGAUGAUUCCAUCGAUUUUAAUGGCAAAUGAUUUGUUCUGUGUUUGUGUGGCACAGCUUUUUAGCUAUGUUUCCUCAUGGAAAGCUUGAUAAUGCUAGGUGCAGCAGUGCUUAUUUUUUCAUAAAGAUGUAAGAGUGUGUUUUUAGUCUUUCUCUUUGCUAAAUUGUAGGAUUUGUUCAGUAGCUAGUCAUGGCUGCCCUCUCAGAGGGGCUGGCAGGUGUUGUUCUUUUCUCUUUGGUUGGGUUUUUAUCAUGCCUCUUAAGUUGUAUUAUUUGUGUCCGUAUUGCUUUUUAUAUUUGUUAUGAACUUCAUGAUUAAUUUACCUUAGACAUUAUUAUUCAAAAUGUAUUUGGUUGAUAUCUGUAUUUAUUAUCACUUCAAAAAGGAUAAGAGGACAGAGGCAGACAGGAGUGUUUGUUUAAUUUGAUUUUUCUGGGUUGUUUUUGUUUUUAUACUGUGUAGUUUUCAUGCCAGCAAGCCGACGUGAAAGCUCUACCUCGUCUGAGCCAUUCUCAGUUCUGUUACACUUUUGUACAUCAUUUCAAAAAGAUGUAAUGUCAUGUCCACAAUAAAGACACACAAAAUGGCA